CAGCCAAUAUUGAUGGCUAAUGUUUUAUGGCUCAAAUCCAACAACUCUGAUCAGAAACUCAACAUCCGCGGCCACCACAAACACAUAUCAUAUAUAGACACAACUCUACACAAACAAAAUGGUUUACAACAUGGGCAAGUCUUUCUCAUUCCUUUCCAUAUGCUUCAUAUUCUUCUCUUCAUUCAUCUUAUCCAUUCUCUCAUCCUCUUCAUCCUCUUCAUCAUGUCCCAUCGAUCUCAGCUACGUCGAGACCUUCCCAUGGGACACUUCUCUAUGCCGGGAACCGGUCCACGACGAUUGCUGCCAAACCCUUCUCAGCGUCUUCGGCAUGGGAUUGGCUCAACACCUCAGAGACACCUUACACUUCCAACUUCCCGACGAAGGCUCCUCAGAUUCUUGCCUGUUGAAUUUCCAAACUAGGCUCUCCGCUCUAUCGAUUAACGCGUCUUUAGUCCGUAAUUGCUUCCAUAACUCAACUCAGUUUGUCACCAACCCUGCAGCUUGUGCUGGGAUCAUCACCACCCAAGAUUGGUCCGAGAAGGCUGGUCCAACGGCGCCAUUGUUAAACGAGUCUUGCCAGGGGGACGUGAUGAGUCUAACUAGAUGCAGCGUAUGCCUUGAUGCAGGCUUUAAGGUGAAUGCGCAGUUGAUAGGUUUAGACCCGAAUGGAACGAAAUGCUUUUAUUUCACAGUGUUAUAUGCUGCUGGGAUUUCCAACGAAAUGGGUCCAAAGGAUCCCAAUACAGCUUCUUGUAUUCUCGGUUUGCCAUUGUCUAGCUCAGAAACUAAAAAAAGGUCGAACCAGUUGAGCAAGGAAACCGUUUUGAGGAUAGUAUUCGGGUCCUUGGGUGCUGCUGUUGGUGUUAUGCUUGCUGUUGUGUUGAUCAUAAUGCACCGGAGACGGGGCAAAAGGAGGAGACAAAAUGCUCAACAUGAAGAGUUCGUGGGCAGUUUCAGAGCAACGGUAUUGCCCAAUUCAGGAGCAAAAUGGUUUCGCUUGUCAGAGCUCGAACGAGCAACAAACGGGUUCUCUCAACGAAAUCUAAUCGGCCAAGGCGCAUACGGGGUUGUGUACAAGGGAACGCUUUCGGACGGGACUCUGGUGGCAGUCAAGCAAGUCAUAAACAUGGAGUCCCAAGGCGACGAAGAGUUCUGCAACGAAGUCGAGAUCAUAAGCAAAAUACGACACAGGAAUCUGCUCUCCCUCCGAGGUUGUUGCGUCACGAGCGACGACAUGAAAGGCAGAAGGAGGUACUUGGUUUACGAUUUCAUGUCGAACGGCAAUCUCAGCGACCAUUUAUCAAACACAUGGCGGCCAUUAACUUGGCCUCAGCGCAAGAGCAUAAUCCUGGACGUCGCCAAAGGCCUCGCAUACUUGCACAAAGGAGUAAAACCCGCCAUUUAUCACCGAGAUAUAAAGGCCACAAACAUACUUCUGGACACUGAAAUGAAGGCAAAAGUGGCAGAUUUCGGACUCGCCAAGCAAACCAAAGAAGGCCAAACUCACCUGACGACGAGAGUCGCCGGCACGCACGGGUAUUUAGCGCCCGAAUACGCUCUCUACGGCCAGUUAACCGAGAAAAGCGACGUCUACAGCUUCGGAAUAGUAAUUCUCGAGAUCAUGAGCGGAAAGAAAGCGCUCGACACGUCGAACCCAUCGGUGGUCCUGAUCACGGAUUGGGCGUGGACGGUUCUGAAAGCGGGCAAAGUGGAAGAGGUUUUUGAGGAGACGACAAGGAAGGAAGGGCCGAAAGGGGUUAUGGAGAGGUUUGUUCGUGUGGGGAUUCUUUGUUCUCAUGUUAUGGUGGCUUUUAGGCCCACCAUUUCUGAAGCUUUGAAGAUGUUGGAAGGUGAUAUUGACAUUCCCAUAUUACCGGAUCGGCCAUUGCCGCUUAGUCACGAGUCGUUUAGAUCGUCUAUUGGGUUUCGUUCUUCUUCCAACUUUUCUGGAAGUGAGCGAUCCAAAGCCAGUUCAAGCACGAGUUCGGCUUUUUAGUACCAAACACCAGUGUGGUUGUUUGACUUUUCUUCUGAACAACUUUUCAAGUUUCUAACAUGUUCAUGAAUUGUUUGUGCUAGAGAAAAUUCCAAAUUGUAGUUGUAUAUAUUUGUUUGUAAAUUACUACAAAGUUUGAUUAAAAGAUUCUUUAGAAUUUUCCGAGUAA